AUGGACCAAAGCAUAUCAGAUAUAGUUACGGUUUCUACUUUGUUGGGAUAUGUCAAAAUCAAGUGUUCGCAAUCUACGUCUGUGGAUGAAAUAACAAAGAUAGCUAUUAAAAAGGUAUCGAUUUCAAAUAGCUUGUUAAUGUUUGGUCUGGAACUUCGUGAAUCGCUUUCAAGUAUUGGGGAUCGUCUUUUCCUCUGUCCUUAUUUAACCUGGUCUGAAAUUGCUGGACUUGUUAAUGAACAAAGUAUUCUCUUAUCAAUUAGAUUGUUCUUAACAAACUUUGAGGAUUAUAUGCGGAAAGAUCGUUCUACUUUGCACUACCUACAUGACCAAGUUAAUCGGUUUUAUAAGUCAGUAUGGGAAGAUUGUAAAGACAGCCAAUCCUGCUUUGAAAUUGGUUGUCUUGACAUUAAAUUGUCGUUUGAUUGUGAAAUAACUGAGGAGUUAUUGGAUCAACUUGAUAAAUCUAGAGGGUUUUCAACGUUCUUCCCCUCUCACGUUCUGCAUCGGCAAAAGGCAAAGUAUUUGAGACGAGAUAUUCUUAACUACGCUUUAAACCUUCAUUACUAUUCAAAAGAAGAUUGCAUGCUUGAACAUCUGAACCGCCUGCUAAUGCUCACGCAGUUUGAUAGUGAUUCCUACGCAUGUUAUCUCGGCUUAAUUAUCUUAAUGUUUUUAGACGCACAUUCAUUAAUUUGUGAAUGA